UAGAUCACACAAAGAUCGACAGAGACCAUCGCUAUAGCAAAGCAGCAAAAUCCAUUCCACUCCGCCUCUCCAACCUUUCCAACAUGAAGAAUCAUCACUCAAUUCUUCUUCUCCUGCUUUUAAUUUCGCUUCUUCUUCUAUCCCAAAUCGGAGUGGAGGGAGGCAAGCGAAAGAUUCACAUUACCAACGAUCUCGACGACGUCGUCGACGAUGAGGAGGAUGAAGCAUGGAAAGAAUGGGGUAAGAAGAAAUCCUCCGAUGAAUUCGAUCCCCCACCUGAUUUCGACAACAUGGAGCUUUCCCAGAUUCAAGAAGAAAUCACGAAGCGCCAGACGGGCCCUGCUUUUGGCUUCGUUAAGCUCCGCUUAGGGAUUCCUCGAGAUAAGAACACGGUAGCUGAAUUAGCUGCUAAAUGGACCCAACUCCUGAGAACGGGAGCGCUUGGGGUGAAAUUCAUGGGCGUCGAUUUAGGCACAAUUAUGUUCAACUUGGAAGACGGGCACAAAGUAUUAGAGUUGAAGGAAUUCAUAUUGAACCAGGAUGAGGCGUACGAGAUAAAGAUUGGAGAUCAAGUUUUCAGAAGACCCAGAGAUCCGCCGAUAGAGGUGGUGGCUGAGAAACUCCGGGAAUCAAAGAAGAAGGAAGAGAUUGAUGAGCAUGUGAAAGAAGAACUGUAAUUUGCUGGAAAUUCUAUCCUCUCUUUUGGCACGUUAAAGAUUGAUUUAUUUAAUUGCAUGAACAGCAUCUGAAGCGUUGACAGUGUAAUUUUAUUAUUAAAAGCUUGAUUGACUUCUUGUUCUCUGU